UGCUAGUGCAGUUUAAAGCUCUGUACUACAUUCUCCCACCUCACACUCUCUCAGCUUUCACACGAUUCUUUUCUUUACUCUUCUACCUCGAAGUGAUUUAUAUCUGAACAUGUCUGCUGCUAAUGAGAACAGCGCCCGCCUGACUCAGUUCAAAAAUAAAGGAAAAGAUGCGACUGAACUAAGGAGACGGAGGAUCGAAGUCAAUGUUGAGCUUCGCAAGGCGAAGAAAGAUGAGCAGAUUCUGAAAAGACGAAACGUCAGCACACUGCCAGAUGAGGCCACCUCUCCUCUCCAGGAAAAAAGUCAGAACUGCCAGGCUCAGCAUUGGACGGUGGAGGAGAUCGUUAAUGGGGUCAACAGCAACACUCUUGACACUCAAGUACAAGCAACGCAAGCUGCCAGGAAGUUGCUUUCUCGGGAAAGACAUCCACCCAUUGACAGAAUUAUUAGCGCAGGCCUGAUCCCCAAGUUUGUGGCCUUCUUGGGGAUGACUCCGUCUCCUCCUAUUCAGUUUGAAGCAGCUUGGGCCCUCACCAAUAUUGCUUCUGGAACUUCUGAUCAGACUGCAGCUGUGGUGGAAGGAGGUGCAAUCCCAGCUUUCAUCGGUCUGGUCACAUCGCCACAUGCUCACAUUAGUGAACAGGCUGUGUGGGCUCUGGGAAAUAUUGCUGGUGAUGGCUCUGCUUACAGAGAUAAGGUCAUCAAGCAUGGUGCUGUUGCCCCACUUUUGAGUCUGCUUGCUGUGCCUGACCUUUCUGCACUUGCUUCUGGUUACCUGAGGAACAUCACCUGGACUUUGUCUAACCUGUGUCGUAACAAGAAUCCUGCUCCUCCUCUCGAGGCUGUUCAGCAGCUUCUGCCUACACUCAUCUGUCUCUUGCACCAUAACGAUAAAGAGGUGCUGGCAGACACCUGCUGGGCCAUCUCGUACCUGACCGAUGGUCCUAACGACAGGAUUGAAGUGGUGGUCCAGACUGACCUGGUGCCUCGUCUGGUUCAGCUCCUUGGCGCUGGAGAGCUAGCCAUCAUUACUCCGGCAUUGCGCACCAUCGGCAACAUUGUAACUGGCACGGAUGAACAGACCCAGGCAGUGCUGAAUGCAGGUGCUCUCGCCAUGUUCCCAAACCUUUUGCGGCACCACAAAAGCAACGUCCAGAAAGAGGCUGUGUGGACCAUGUCCAACAUCACAGCCGGAAAGGACACGCAAAUCCAAGAGGUCAUCAAUGCUGGCCUGGUGCCCUACCUGGUGGAGGUGCUCAAACGGGGAGACUACAAGACCCAGAAGGAGGCAGUGUGGGCUGUCACCAACUACACCAGUGGCGGUACCAUCGAGCAAGUGAUCUAUCUUGUUCAGGCCAAUGUGCUGGAUCCUUUGCUUGACCUCCUGUCGGCCAAAGAUAGCAAGACCAUUCUUGUCAUUCUGGAUGCACUUAGUAACAUCUUCCUGGCUGGUGAGAAGAUUGGUGAGACUGACAAGCUGUGUCUAAUGAUUGAGGAAUGUGGUGGGUUGGAUAAAAUUGAAGCUCUGCAGACUCAUGAAAAUGAGAUGGUCUACAAGGCCUCACUCAACAUCAUUGAGAAGUACUUCUCUGGUGAGGAGGAAGAGGAUGAAUGUGUGGCUCCUGAAGUUACAACAGACGGAUAUGCAUUCCAGAUCAAUGAAAACCAAAGCACUUUUAAUUUCUAGACUCGUUUCUGUACCUUGCUGUUCUUGAUGUUUUUGUCUUCUUCUCCAGUCUGUGUGACCUGUCUGGUUAUUCUUUCAAACUGUACAUAUGAAACUGUCUGGAUUUUAUGGCUUUGUAAAUAAAGGAAAUGAAAUGCUUGUGGA